GGCAAUGCGUAUCAAAAGCUUCCUGGUGUCCGCCGUAAUCGUGCGCUCUCCCACCGCAGCACGUGUCCGCAGUCAACUUUCACUUCCGGGCAGCACGUGAAACAGGCGGCCGCCGCCGCCACCAGUCCUCGUGAGCGUCACCAACGCCGCCACCGCCACCGCUACCCCCACCCGCUCUACCGCCGCCGGUGCGCGACUCGGACUCUGAGUCGAGGGACCCGCGAGGCCGGACGUGUUCAACGGUUUCGCAGAUUAAUUGCAGUAAUGCCAGAAGCAGUACGUACUCGGACGGCUGCAGUUGGCGAUGACGUGCAGGCGCGAGUGGGUGCGCGCGCCAGCGUGGCGUGGGCGCGGCGCUGGCGCUUGGGUGGUGGUGGGCAAGGCCGCAGACACUGCAAGGUGGUGGGCCCGUGUUGGCGCCUGGCGCGUGCGCUGGCGUGGGUGUUUUGGCCGAGCGGUGGCUGGCGCCCGCGCUCCCUGCCGCCGCCUGCGGGGCGGGCGCUGGCGCGGAGGGCGGUGGGUGUAGGCUGCGAAUCGGCUUCGGCCCACGCCGCCGCGCGCCGCUGCCACGCCCUGGGCGCGCGCAAUGUUUCGCGUGCCGUGCUGCUGCCGCACGGCGCCGGCGCCGACAGCCUGCGCGCGCUCGCCUCCCCGCGCAUGCGCGUGCUGCCGCUCGACGUGACGGACGCCGACUCCGUCGCCGCCGCCGCGCGCGCCGUGCAACAGGACCUGCAGGACUCCGGAUGCGAGUUGCAAGCUGUGGUCAACAAUGCGGGAAUUCUGAACGUCGGCGAGACUGAGUGGAUGGACAUUGAAGAAUUGAGGAAAACUAUUGAUGUCAAUACAAUUGGCCAAGUGAGGGUGGCACAAGCCUUUUUGCCCUUACUCAGAAAAUCUAAGGGGCGAGUUGUCAACGUUAAUAGUGUAGCCGGGAGAUUGCCAUGUGCUGGACUCGCCCCCUACGUCAUAUCAAAAUAUGCAUCUGUAGCAUUCACGGAAUGUCUGAAAGUGGACAUGACGAAGUUUUCUGUUUCAGUUCACAGCAUUGAACCUGCAAUUUACAUGACUCCUAUGGCCGAAGGAUCAAAAGUUUUGCUCAAAAAGAAGUUUGAUGCAAUACCAGAAAAAAUAAUGAAUGAUUAUGGUCACAGGUAUAUAGAAAAGUUUAUGAAAGCUGUUGAAUUAGUAUUCUUCGUAUUUUCCAAACCGCCCUCAAAAAUACUUGAAGUUGUAGAUGCAAUAGAAGAUGCUAUUCUUUCAGAGGAUCCACAGGACUGCUACUAUCCCGGAGAACGAUCAAAACUGGGGAUAACUCUGAAGGAUGAAGUGAAAUAUGUCCAAGGGUAUUUGACCAAAUUAAUAUACAAUUUAUGGUAAAUGAGAUGUUAUUGCCUUUAGUAAAUUUAGAACUGUUAAUCGGAAACAAGAACGCAUUUCAAUGAUCAUGGUGAUUUUUAUGAAUGUAGUGAUAAAUAUAAUGAACACGUACGUAUUGAAUGAAAGAAAUCCUUCUUUAAAAAUUGUUAAUAUUGAAGUACUCUAAUGUUUUAUUGUGGUAACGAUUGACUGAUUAAGGUGACAAGUGUCCCAUGUUGAGACGAUAUUGAUGUUUUCAAGACAUUUUUGUUUCCAUUUAUAUUUGUAGAGAGUGAAGAAUUGCACAUAUAUUAGUGGUAAUUAUACCUUUAAUAUAUGCAGAGAAUCUCCAAAGAGAACCUACCGGUUGUACAGGAGGCUGAUCUAGUCAUUCAGUUGAGGAAGGGGAAAUCACGAUGUUUGCAUCUGUGCGUUGAAUUAACAAACAAGAGAAUUUCGAUUUUUUUGUAUUAACCAGGGGAGUUUCCAAUUGGAUGAUCUCUCUUCACAUAUGAAUAGCGAGCCCUCAAUUACUCUUGGGACAAUCACGCUAUUUUGUUGUACGUGAGUAUUUAUAUUUCCUUUUAUGAGAAUACGAUUUUUUCAACAAUAUAUUUUUCAAAAUGUUUUGUGCUUUUGUACUGUUUCUUUAUUGGAAACACAAAAUUAACGAUAUAAUGUAUUUCUUUUAAAUGUAUGCAAGUUACGAUUUCGUAGAAUCGCCAAUAAAGAGUACUUUCUCUCAGGAAAUUGGAGUUUAACAUUCAGUUUUGUGAAUAAAGAAGUGUGCAUAUUUGUAACUCAAUUUAUAAAUGAAUUGUGUAAAUUAGAAAAUACAUGAUACAGAAUAAUGUGAGAUUAUAUUACAUAAUAGCAUGUAAGUAAUAUAUUUUAUAUUAUUUGAAACAGUAGGGAGGCAAAAAAACUGAAAUGAUAUCUUCUGUAGGAUUUAUGUAAUAUUAAUUAUAUUGAGCAAAGAAAAACUUGGAAAAAUUAUUACUUAUUUCCUUUUCUGAUGACUCAUAUAAAAUGUAUACAUAAAAUUAAAAACGAAUAAUCAUUGCUCAUUGUGUAGUGAUUUAUUUUUGUAUUAAUUAUAUGUUCACAUAAAAAAAUCAAUUUUAAUAUAUUUCUCACAUUUGCAAUAAAGGAAUAAUACUUUUGUAUAGGUGGGUUUUUGUGGCCAUUUGUAUUUGCGCUCUAUUCUUACUACGCAGAAUGAAUAAAUUUGUUUAAAAAAUGAACUUUGUAUGAAAAUAUAAUGUCAACUAAGGAUUAAAACGAGGGAAAAUUGGAUUACUUUUCUCAAAAAUAUUUGUGCUCAUUGUUUUGUAUCAUACUUACAAAUAAAAUUGAGAAAUACUUUAGUUAUGAGAAUUCAUCCC